AUGGAUCACUCUAAGAUGGACCACGGACACAUGGACCACGGCGGUCAUGGAGGCCAUGACAUGCCUGGCAUGGAUCACGGCAUGAAAUGUAACAUGAACAUGCUGUUCACAUGGUCCACCAAAGAUCUCUGUAUCGUCUUUGAAGGCUGGCAUAUCACCAGCACGGCGUCGCUCAUCUUCUCGCUGCUCGCUAUCGUUCUUAUGACCGCCGGCUACGAGGCCGUACGAGAGGCAUCCAGACGGUACGAUGCAUAUGCAAAGCAACUCACCGAGGGCCGACGGAGUGGAGAUGACCUGACAAGUAAGUCGUCCUUUCUUGCGAGUCCUUUUCUCAACCCCCUGCAUACGCAGCAACUGCCCGGUUCUUGA